GUGGCGGCGGGGCCAUGGCGGACGCGGCGCAGCUGCCCCCGGAGGCGCAGACGCCCCCUGUCGGCGGCCCCGGGCCGGGGCCGGGGCCGGGCCGGGCCGAGGGCGCCGAGGGCACCGAGGGCCUGUUCGUGGUGCUGGGCGCCGGGCUCGCCGCUGCCAGCCACCCGCUGCUCUACGUCAAGCUGCUUGUCCAGGUUGGGCAUGAGCCACUACCUCCAACCAUUGGAAGAAACGUGCUGGGAAAGAAAGUACUGUACCUGCCUGGCUUCUUCACCUAUGCCAGACACAUUGUGAAAGUGGAUGGGAGAAGAGGCCUCUUCCGUGGUCUUACUCCUCGCCUCAUCUCAAGCACUUUAUCGACCAUCACCAGGGGGAGUGUGAAGAAGGCCUUUCCACUGGAGGAUAUGGAGCAUGUUUCUAACAAGGAUGAUAUGAAGACUUCCCUUAGGAAAGUGGUGAAAGAGACAUCUCACGAGAUGAUGAUGCAGUGUGUGUCUCGGGUCGUGUCACAUCCACUGCAUGCUUAUGUUUUUGUUCUCCUAGUGAUCUCUAUGCGCUGCAUGGUCCAGUUCAUAGGCCGGGAAGUCAAAUACAGCGGUGUGUUCAGUGCCAUCGUCAGGAUAUUUAAGGAAGAAGGGAUUCUGGGAUUCUUCGUUGGUGUAGUCCCUCACAUCCUGGGGGAUGUCAUCUUCCUCUGGUGCUGCAAUCUCUUGGCUCACUUCAUCAACACCUAUGCAGUGGACGAUAAUUUCAGCCAGGCAUCGGUGAUCCGGAGCUACACUAAAUUUGUGAUGGGGAUUGCUAUGAGCAUGCUGACAUACCCGUUCCUUCUCGUGGGAGACCUCAUGGCAGUGAACAACUGUGGGUUGCGUGCUGGCCUCCCUCCCUACGCUCCCGUGUUCACGUCCUGGAUCCAUUGCUGGAGGUAUCUCAGUGCCCAGGGGCAGCUGUUCCGUGGCUCCAGCCUGCUAUUCCGCAGAGCGCCUGUGCAAGCAGCCUGCUUCCCCGUCGACUGACUCCAGCUUGCAGGGAGAGGCGAUGAACCUGGAUUCCUCAAAAGACCCUAAGAUUUUUCCAUAUAUAUAUAUAUAUAUAUAUUUGUUCUUUUUGAUCCAAAGGCUGUGGUGCCAGAACAAGACACUCUUCAGCAAGGCCUGCAACAAGUUGACCUGCAGAGAUCUGGCUUCAGGCUCCAGCUUGAUCAAAGUCCCAUCCUCAUGGCUGCCUUGACCAGGGCGCAUAGAAGAGUUGUUUGUUUGGUCUGGGCUGUGAGUCUGGAGUCACUGAGGAAGUCUGGGAAACCAGAAAAUGCCCAGGUACUAAAUGAGCCUGAGAUGCUGGGACAAAAGACUGCUUUGUUCUGCCUGAGCUGAGAAGCAGCAAGAGAUCAAAGGCUGCCUUGCUGAGAAGGCAACAACAGCACAGCCAGCCUCCUGUCUCAUCUCUUCUGGAGAGGGCAAUUAUUUGUUUGGCAGGUAGCUUAUGCUGGGCAAGGUCAACCCUGAAACCCAUACUUAAGGUGUUGAGGGUAUCUGAAAACUAGGGAGUACCCCUGGAAGGGAAGUAAUAUCAAAACAGAAGAGAGAAACAGCCCCACUACAAAGAGCAAUGCAGUCCUUAAGAGACAGGUAUGACUUAUCUCAAGGACAGUGGCAGAACUUGAACACGGAGAAGGCACUGGGGGAGGGAUGUUCACUGUACAUGCUGACUGCUUUGGGUAGGGCACAUUUAGGAUACAUCUUCCAGCUGGCAGGACUCCUGCCAAACCUGAGCAUCACCAUGUCUCUGGUGGACACAGAGCCAUGUGAUAGCACUGGGUUGCUGUGUGGCAUUGGCCUGGUGCUGCAAAUGUAAGGGUUUGCCUUUUUUUCACUGUGGAGUGAAGGAGUAAACCUGAGGCUGGACAAAGGUUUGCAAGGAGUCAGGGGUCAUGGACUCCGCACAUGCAGGGCUUGCCUUUGCAUAUCAGAGUUUACCUGUGACAGCAGCGCAAGAUUCAUUCUCAGCUCCCCUUUCAGAGGUUUUGUUGGGGGGGGGGAGGUUGCUUUUUAACCAGUCUGUGCUGCUACCACAGCCAGGUGGAUUUCCCCAACUCCAGCUCCCCAUGAAGCAGUCUUUUGCACAGUUCAGUGUGUUACUGCACUCCCUGGGAAGAGGUUUUGGGGCCCUAAGCAAGCUCCCAUGUGCUGCUGCUGCAGCUGGGGUGUUGCAGCCCACCCUGGUCCCUUCAGGAUGUCAACCUGCUGUUGCAUGGGCAUUUUCCUCUAUCAGAGGGGCUUGAUCCGUACCUCGAAGCUGAGGCCUGCAGGAGGAAGGGCCAGCACCAGUGCAUGUGGGACCUGCAGUCCCCAAACUAGCUCCCUUUGGUGUUGUGGAUUCAGUCCUGUCUGUCCUCCCUUCCUCAUGUACAGUUUUGUGUUACGUUAACAAUACUCAAUGCAUGGCCCUAUCUCCUAACACCAGAGAUCAUCUCAAAGAGUAUUUAACUAUACUCCAAAAUACAGCUAUAAAACAUC